AUGAUCUACCUUAAAUCCAUGCUGAAAGUUAUUGACAAUUCCGGAGCACAACUAGCGGAAUGCAUCAAAGUUCUGAAAAAGGGCUCACCAAAAUCACCGGCUAGGAUUGGUGACAGAAUAGUAUGCGUUGUUCAGAAAGCUAAACCGUUGACACAGAAUAUCACAGGUACAUCGAGCACUAAUAGAGUCAAAAAGGGCGAUAUAGUCCACGGAAUCGUGGUUCGUACGAAGCAAAGAAAUAUGCAAAGAGAAGAUGGAUCUACUGUAGCCUUUGGCGACAAUGCCUGCGUUUUAAUCAAUAAGAAUACGGGAGAGCCUUUAGGGACGAGAAUAAUGGCCAACGAUGGAUGCGUUGGCAGGGAACUGAGGGAUAAGGGAUACAACAAAAUAUGCUCGCUGGCCAGCAGAGUUGUAUGA